AUGCAUCAUUUAAUGUGGGAGUGCAAAUUCAGUAAAGAGAUUUGGAGAUGGAUAUGUUCUGUAUUUAAAUUCAAAAUUCCAAAAUCUUUUGAAGAAGUGUGGAAUAAUGCAAAAGGUAAAAGUCCAUUUAUGAGAGAAUGCUGGAUUAUUGAUGGUUGUGAAAUUUUAAAAGAGCUAUGGUUUCAGAAAAACAAGAUGUUGUUUGAGCAAGUUAAGCCUAAUAUUCAAAACUUUAAGGGCAGAAUCAAAAAGACAGUAUAUGAAGGAGGGUUCAGAAUCAAAAGUCACAAAUGGGAUAGUGACAAUAAUAACCAGGUAAUUCUCUUCUUUAAUCUGGGACCAAGAAAAACUAAAUUUCAAUGCAUUAAACCUUGCUUCUGGAUACCACCAAGUACUGGCUUUAUUAUGUUUUGCUGUGAUGGAGCAUCCAUUGGAAAUCCACGAGCUGCUGCUUUUGGUGUAGUAAUAAGAGAUCACUUGAGUCAAGUGUUGGGAGUCAUCUCUGGAGGAAUUGGAAUUGCUAUUAAUUACAUUGCAGAAGUAUAUGCAAUCAUUUGUGCAGUAGAGUUGGAAGUAGAAUAA